AUUGACUGACUCGUAGCCAGGCUAGUUUUACAAAUUGUUCUUCUCCAACCCAACACAUACCGAGUCUCGGAGAGGACUCGCUAAAAUGAUUCUGACAAUUGCGGCUUAGCUUCAGGGCUGCCCUCGGUGGCUCUCUCUCUCAGAGCAAUAAUAACAUUUGUGCUGUGAAAAUGAAUAGCGCCAUGAAAGCAGCAGCUCUGAUAAACUCAAAAGCCAGCUGCUUUCAUUUGAGGACUGCCCUUUUUCAUUCUACUCCUCCCCUCGAUCGUAAAAGACGCAUUUUCUGGGAAUCUAGACCCAACUAUAAUUCAAAAAGGUUCAGAAAGCUGCAUGCAAAACAAACAUUAUUGCGCAACGUCGGCGCUUAUGCAGACUUCCUGUUUCAGAGCUGGCAGGAUGAAGAUGAUGAGGAUGACCCAUCUUCAAGUAGAGGCACCUCAUGGUUUAAAAAGCAAUACUCUGCUAAGGGUUCCAAAAGGAACUGGACUGGGAAUCGAGGAACCAAGCAAUGGGGCAGAAGAGGUUUCCAUUUUUGUGAAGAAGAUGAUGUUGAUGUUGAGAACAUUUUCCGAGAUGCAUUUGGUGGGAACCGUUUUUUCUAUUGGUCCUUUAUUAAUGAAGAGAAUCCUCAAUGGAGGAGCUCAUCAAACUAUAACAACUAUGGGAGGUCCUGGAAAUGGAAUUGGAGGCAUCGGACUGAAGAAACAUAUGAUUCUUCAUCUGAGUAUGAGAGUUUGGAGCUGGAUUUGGCUUCAGAUAGGCUGGCCCUUGGAUUGAGUGCUUCUGGUCCUCUAAAACUUGAAGACGUUAAAAAUGCAUAUCGAGUCUGUGCACUAAAAUGGCAUCCUGAUCGCCAUCAGGGCUCUUCAAAGGCUGUUGCGGAAGAAAAGUUCAAGCACUGCAGUGCAGCAUAUCAAUCUUUAUGUGAUAAGCUGGCAGUAGAUUGAGGAUUUUUCAGAGCAUGCUAGUCUGAACCCUAGAUCCAUUCAACUUGUUGCUGUUUAAUUCAGCAUUGUAGUAGAUGUAGCUUACCGAUCACAUUUUUAUUCAAUUCCAUAGUUAGGAUUUUUUUUUUCGAGAACUGUGUCAGGAUUGCCACUAUGGUUUCUCCCUAGGGGCAUACUGAGCGAUGGCCAUGCAACGAUGGCAUUAGUUUGUAAUUCUGCAUUACUAGAUGCCUUCAUGUUCUUGAUUUAUAUUUUUACGAAGGAUGUAAUUUUUUUUUUCUUUUUUGUACUAUUACCUGUAUAUUUGCUUUAUGCUUGAAGGCAUAAAUAAUUAAUUGAUGACAAUAAGAUUGCAAUACAUGGUUAUAAGUUUGCGCUUUA